GAUGUUUCCAUCCCAGUAGAAUUUUCUACUGAGAAUGGUGCAAAAGAUAAAGAGGAGGAAUUGAAAAAUAGCACUUCUAGUAUAGUUGAAAAAAGCGCCGUAAUUGAUGAUCUUCCAUCAUAUGAACUUGCAUCGACCGACGCUACUCCGGCAUAUUCGGUAUCUGAUCCUUCUAAACAACAUUCUGAUCCUUCAGCUGUUGCAUCAACAAUUUCUAGACAUA